AUGUCCUGGGCUGACGUUGGCCUGGCGAUUGUGCAACACUUGACCGACGAAACGGAAGAGACGAAUGAGCAGCAGCAGCAGCAAGACCCGCAGGAUCGCCAGGAGAGGAGCAGUAACGAUGCUGGGGACGAGAGCGACUCAGACAGUGAAGAGAAUAAGCAGUCUUCCGAGGGCUCGAGCGUCGAGCAUAAGACUACUAGUCACGAGGAAGAUGAUGAUCAUCUCGGAGACGGAAGGCAUCCACGCAGCUACCGUGAAUUUCCAAUGCGGAUUCAUGAUGAAGCGGAUACAAUCGAUGAGACGAGCGAAAGUCGUGGACGCCCAUUCUCGCCACUUGGUACUCACAUCCUCAGGAGGAUACCUGGAAACCUCGAACAAAUCCUUGCGGAGCAGCGCGAGGUCAUGAUGCGAGAGUACAGUGCACGAUCUAGUUCUCCGCCCGAGCAAGAACGUCACGACUAUCAGGAGGAUGAGCAGCUAUAUCUUCGCAACACCCGAACUCAUACUCGACGCCGCCGCUAUGCAUUUGCUCAGUCGGAUCCCAGCGAAGUCUUGCUAGCGCCUCCCUCUCCCGUUGCCAGAUCACCUCUCCAUGAGGACGAGCAAAGCCCAAUAUCGUGGCUUGAUGACGACCUUCACCAGGACGACGGCGACUGGGAUAGCUCGGAGGAUAGCGAUGACUGGUCUACUCAGGCUACCGCGGGAGGAGAUGAUGAUGCACAAUCGUCGUCCGGAUACGCGCUACCGCCAUUGCCGUUUCCUCCAGGAAGGCGUUCUGGUCGACGAUGA